AUGACGUCCGCAUCGGGUAAGUCAGAUUUACGUUCAAUAACUUUAGGUAAGUUAUGCAAUAUGAUAGUACAUAAUGUAAUGUAAUGGAACCUGGCUUUCUUUAAUAUAUCGCCUUCUUAUCGUAUCGUAGUCAUUACACCAGUCUUCCGGAACAAUUUUUCAAUUUAUAAAGCUAGAAAACAAGGACGAGCACGAUAUCCGUGUUCUCUCUCACUUUUUUGUAUCCACAUCAACCUCAAAAUUUAAAAACACACAUCAAUUGAGUGGAUGGCGCCACGUCCAAACCUAGAAAGUAUUAUAUUUUCGACAAGUUUACCCAUUGUACGGAAGUGAAUAUGUAGAAAUACCAGUAGCCUAGCGUCAUCGCCAUAUCCACAAAAAAUUUUUUAUAUCACGCGAAAUGUGUGUGUUGAUGGGAUUUUGUAAGAGCAGUCUUGGGUGUAAUGUAAAAUGCGGCUAAAGCAAGUAAAAAAGAAGGCUUCCGGAUGCUUCUCUUUAGAGCUUGGUCGAUUUUAAGGUUUCGGAGAUAUGAGGUUAAUACGGGUCGGCCUCAGAUAUUACACCUGACAGCCAUUUUACAACCCGUUAUUGUGCAAAAUAACCGGUCGUGUGUAAAUCCGCGGCUGUUUGAGCUGAAUUAACGUCAUUUAUUAUAGGAUAAUAUACAAAAUACGCAUUUUCUUAUCAAGGGUUAGAUAUAAAGAGAAUGGAAAUUCGUCAUCAAAUUAUACCGUAUCUAACAAAGUUCCAUUUGUUUUAUAAUAAAAAUAGUUCGAAUUUCAGAUAUUAACCACGACUUUACCUCAGCCUCCGCCUCGAUCGCUCUGCCACCAGCCAAAUAUUCGGCCUUUAGGAGCGGGAUCCUCCGUCUUACACCUGACACAAUGAAAUGUAAAUUAUAUUGCCGCGGCCCCAACUGUAAAUAUUGUGGAUGGGAGUACUGGAAAGAGGAUCAGAUGGCGAUAAGAGGGUUAUAUUCCUCGUGGUAAGCGAGUUUCAUUAUGUUCUGCACAUUAGGCAUAUUAGGAGUGCAAUGAAUGUAAGUGUCAUAAAAAAUUACGACCUUUUUGAGACUAAAGCCUUGAUUUUUAGGAUAACCGAUGAUAUUCUGGCCAUGGCCAGGCCAACAGAGGAUGCCAUGGAAAAGUUUGACAUAAUCGAAAGUUUUAAAAAGUGAGUAAUGUAUUCAUCUCAGUUACACGAUCUUUAGGAAUAACAUAACAGCCAUCUUUAAUCUCCAAAGCCCCAAUGAGCAUGCCUUUUGUGGUCCUCCUCUUCAUCAAUCAGGCUUUUCCUAUGACCCUGAAGGUUUCAUGAGACACAACGGUAGGUCUGGAUUACAGUAACCAACCCCAUUUAGUAUAUCAUUACAAUUUCGCCAUACCGGAUUUUCAAUUUUGUUCGGUGGAGACCAUACUAGAUAUAGUAAAAGUAAUGAAGUUCUCGUUGAAUGAAGGGAAAAUUGCUGUUCAUUGCCAUGCUGGAUUGGGUCGAACGGGCACUCUUAUUGCUUGUUUUCUUGUGUUAUCCAAGGGAAUGUCGGCAUCAGAAGCCUUGGAAUUAGUUAGAUCUAAACGGUAAAAAAUCUUGGCCGUAUUUUACUAAUUUUAUGUUAUAUUAGGUUUAUGUUAUAUUAAUAUUUAUGUUAAUUACAAACCUUCAUUUUAGUCCAAAUUCUGUCCAAAGUAUGGAGCAAGUAGUGGUUGUAGGACAAAUCGAAGAUAUAAUGUUGCGCAACGCCCGGAUCCUGCCAAUCAAUGGCGGAUAUCCUCUACAUUCAUAUCUCACCUGGCAAAACAACUUUUUAUCCAAUGAAGAAGCUCGGAGUUAUCCUCAUGUCCCCAAAUUAAUGUUCCAGAUAUGCAAACGGGUCCUGGAAUUUGUCUUCGAAUCGUCUGGGGUUAAAUUCGAGCAUCGAGAUUACACUCAUCAUGAAGUUCACAACUGCACACUGGGAGAGAUUGUGGUCGACUGGAAGAACUUGUACACCAAGAGAGGGUAUGCCUACAUGACCCCUGAUAAUUGUUCCAUUUUGCGUCAUUGAUUCUAUUAUUUUUCAGUCGAGCUCAACACAGAUAUGUCCUGAACGUUUUGAUCCGAUUGGCCACUUAUCCCUUCGAGAAAGAUGAGAAAUUAAUCCAACACUUUCAAAUGGCGGCAGUCCAAGACAUGGAGAAAGAACUGGCUGAUCUGGACAUCUCCCAACUCCUCACUCUUCUUCAUUGUUAUAUGCUCCUUCCAAAGAAACCUCUGGCAUCGAGGAAGAACCUGAUCGCUUUUAUGGAAGCCUAUUCUCCCUCGAAUGAGAACAAAGCGCCAGUUGUUGUUGUCCACAAAGUCUGGCAUUGUUUUGUUUUCUUCCUUUGCAACGUCCUUUCAUAUCUCACAGAACAAAAUUAUGAUAUUGUGACUGAAUUGAUAACAUUCUGGAUGUUGGGAGACGUUGUGAAUGAUGUGAAACAAUCAGUUCACGGUCACAUGAGAGAUCUUUAUGCACGGAAUCUUCGACAGCAGGAAGCUCAGGCCAAGAUUUAUCAUGAGAAUCUGGAGAAAAAGUCAAACCAAUCAAUGACUUGUUCUUCUAUUUCGUCCAGGGAACCGGUAGAAUGA